AGCUCCAGCUGCCACAAAGCACGAGAGCUGGAAAUGGACCCGGUGAUCAGGCAGCGCAGCGUGGAUCAUACACUGGAUAGUACCACUUGGAUUUGACACUACUUACUUGUUUGAGAGUCUGGUGCUGGAUCAGGUGUCUAAAUGCUGUCACUUGGCAAAAUGCACUCCAGAGCCAAGUCAAGGAGUUGUGACAACUACCUGAGUAUUAAGGACGCUGAGUCUUUGGACAGCUGUAUCCAAAGUACCUUGUCGGCCCUGUACCGGCCCUUCAGCGCCACAGCCUCCACUGUCCUGUGGCAACUUUUCAGUGUGGUGGAAAGACAGUACCGUGGAGACGGCCUCCGCUGCUUCAUCGACUUUUUGCUUCCUGCUAAAAGGAUUCUUCAGAUCAUCCAACAGGAAACUUGUGUAAGGUUCCGAGGACUGCUUCUCUAUAAUGAAGGGUGGCCUCUCUGCAUUCAUGACAAAGUUAUCUUGCAGCUGUCCCCCUUGCACAAAGUGAGACUAAAGCAAGGAGACUUCUACCUCCAAAUUGUACCGUUAGGCCGCAAGACUGCCAAGCUUGUGAUAAAAUGCUUGUCGGCCAGCGGGCAGGCUAUUGUGGAGAUCCCCGUCGCGGAGAGCAUGUAUGGCAGCGUUUUCACCGCUGAGUUCCUGCAGAAUGUAACACUUGAACGGAACCUGCACCCGCUACAGAAUUGCCUGCUUACAACUGGUAAAUCUGUGUACAGGACUCCGUGGAAGAACGUGGUCAAGCCUCUGUUUGUCAGCAACACAGCAGAAGCCAUCAUGCAAGCGCAUUGCAGCAGAGUCGCCUUCCGCGGCCAACUCAGUGCCUGCAGUACCAGCGGAUCCACGGGAACCCUGGACAGCCAUCGCAGCUCCAGGGAGUCCCUCCAUUCUCAGGGAGCAGACUCCACUUUCUCAGAGCCCACCUCACCUAGCAGAAACCACACGGAUACCAGCAGUGAUAGCCAUAGCACGAGUAGAGUAGACAUAACAACUCCCAUCAUUACGAUCAGUCCCACUGAAGAGUGUGGGACAGAGCAAAGAGGGGAGGACACCAGUGUGAGAGAAAGAGGACCAGCAUCUAAGAUGCUGUCUUUUAGUACAGACCUCAGCAAUCCAGGCCCACGUAGACGUCACCCAAGAGACUCUGUGGCAUUUGAGAGCAGAAGACUUUUCAGGAAAUCCUACAUGGAAGCUCUGCAGAACCCAAUGAGCCUUGGGUCGAGCACUGAAUCCAUCCUGGAAGAAAGUCCGGAGCACAAUAGUCUAAGAGAAGGAUCCGUGACACCAGGCAGCAGCCCGGACACUCGCACUUCUUCUCGAGAACACUUAUCCCGGAGGUUGGGGAGUCGAGGCUGGCUCAGUGGUGAAGAUUCUAGACCCAGCACACCUUUGUAUUACUUACAGAGGGGGUUACGGAGUGCAGAGAGACGGGCGGAACGCCGCUCCAAGUCCCUGGAGAGGAAUAACAAAAAUGGCCAGAGUAAAGCUCACCGAGAAAGGUCUUCCUCCGGAGGCUCAGCUAACAUCUCUCCCAAAAAACUGAUGAAUGGAUAUGUUCUGCGUUUCGGGAAGUUGGAAGUGGAGGCCUCUCUUCCUGGUUCUGAGAAGAGAAGUAGUAAAGAAGUGGCAGGGCAGCAGGACAACACUGGUGAUGAUCGGAAGUCUAGACUCACAGAAGAGUCCAACAUUCCCAAAACCGCUAAUGGGACAGCACUUGGAUUCGGGUCAUCUUCAAGCUCCUCCAAUGACAGUAACUUGUCACUACCUAAACGGAUGUCAGAAGUUAAUCAGGAGCUGCUUGCAUCAGGCGCUAUAAUUUUGCCAGGAAACAGAGAUCGCAGUGGGAGGGCGGUUUUGCAGGUGUGCACAAGGGCUCAGGUGUGGGCUGGCGAAAGCUGCACGGCACAUGAUCUCACCACUUUAUUGGUCUACUUACAUUCCACUCUGCGGAAAGAAAAACGUGACGAGGGUCUGACAGUUGUGAUAGACAGCAGGAGGCAGCCACCAGUCCCCGCUCUUUUGUCGUCGCUUUCUGAAUUUCAGACUUUGGUACCAAAUGCACUUUAUUCGGUCCUUUUUCUGAUGGACAAGGAGGCAGCUGCCAAACCUGAAAGAGACAUUGUCAAUGUACAGACAGAGACAGUGUCAUCUUUGAAGGCCCUGCUGAAGCACGUUGAACAGAAUCAGCUCACACGCGACCUGGAGGGCACCUUCCACUACGACCAUAACCAUUGGAUUCUCUUCAGACAGAAAAUUGAACCAUUUGCCAGCAGCUGCAGUGAAGCAAUUUCUUCUCUCCAGGAGUCUAUCGCGUCGUUAAGUGAUAGUGGUAACCUGAGGACCUCUGCGGAGGUGUCACAGAUGAUGGAGCAGCAGAAGCAUCUCAUGAAGUGUGUGCUUGAUGACAGCCAUCUAAAUAGGUUACGUCUUGAAGGAGGCACCAUCCUCGCCCGCAUCAGGAAGGAAGAGGCUUGUGACAAUGAGAGCUACAGAGAUGCUGUAGAUUUGUUGAGUGCACUGUAUAACCAAGUAGAUGAAGAGGUACAUGAGCUUGUCAUUCUGUCCAACAAGUCUCAGAAGGACUUGGAAAGUCUUCUGGAAGUGCGCAGGUUUGAAGAACAAACACAACAGGUCAAACUGUGGCUUAGUGUGGAGGGAGACAAGCAUCUCACACCUUUGGAAUCACUUACUUUAUCUGUCAGCAGCAUAAAAGACAUGAAGGAAAGCUUGGACCAAUUUCUAAAAGAGUCAGUGCAUCAACAGAGACAUGCCCUGCAGAUGGUGAAAGAGUCUCCACAGUCUCUCCCUAGUGCUGUUUCUUUGGAAUUCAAGCAAUAUCUUGUCUCCAUCCUGAGCAGAGUGGAGAAACGGAAGGGACACUUGGACAUACUGGGAAACCUCUACGAGUUCUAUGACUCUGUAAAUCAGUGGAGAGAGCAUUGCCAGAACUAUGUCAGUCACCUUAACACUUCAGGUGAAGCACUUUCUCCCGCUGUGGUCCAGACAUUGCGGGAUUACUGCACUGAGGCCUCAAAGUUCUCAGUGGAGAAUUUCAGCACACUGAAUGACAUGGUGCUGUCCCUGGAAUGUCCUCAGCAAGUCCAACAGUGGAACACAGUGUGGCACAAAUGUCAGCAGACCAAGCAGCAGCUGGAAGACACAUUGGCGCGAGCUACUAGGGCGUCUUCAGACUCCAUGUCCUCUGAAUUUACGGAUGUUUUAAAGCCUGCAGAGAGCCAAAGUAGUGUAGCGGAGAUUAGUGGAUGUGGGUUCCUGCCUGAAGAGCCCACUGUCUCCGGCAGGACCACCACACCACUGACUGUUGAGGACAUCAAGCUGCAUUCUGAUGAGCCUUACUCCAAAAGCCCCUCUGGUUCCAUCUCCUCCUCCUCAUGCUUUACUUUCCCGCUUGACAACAAGCUGAGCCCAUCUGUGUUUGAUGACACAGACAGCGACUGCACUAUCGACUCCUCCACGUCAUGCCACUCGGAGCCUAUCUUCUCUGCAGCUUCCCGAGUUCGCAAGUCACCAAUGAAGAAGAUUAUGAAGAAGACCAUGAACUAUGAGUUGCCUCCAAGGGACGGGGGCCAUUCAGACUCCAGCCACGUGCAUGGUUACACCGGAGUCUACAUAAAAGGUUUGGAGGUAGCCAAUAAUGUGUCCGCAGAGAAGAAGCUGCUGCGGCCUGACGUCAUGAGCCCAGUGUUAGGACGUAGUCGCAGUAUGUCUACUCCCUCGAAGAUCCAUAACAGACACAGUGAAGGAGAUGACAAGAAACACAGCAGUAAAGUGCAGCACAUCAUGGAUGAGAUGAUCUUCACUGAAAGGGAGUACGUUCGUUCUCUCAGCUACGUAAUUGAGCAUUAUUUCCCCGAGAUGGAGCGCCUUGAUCUGCCACAGGACCUCCGUGGAAAACGUAACAUCAUUUUCGGAAACAUAGAGAAGCUGUGGGACUUUCACAGCCAGUACUUCCUCAAGGACCUGGAGUCUUGCGCCCACUCUCCGCUGUCCAUUAGCAGUUGCUUUCUCAGACAUGAGGAUCAGUUUGGAAUGUAUGCCCUGUACAGCAAGAAUAAGCCCCGGUCUGACUCCCUGCUCAGCAGCCAUGGGAACGAAUUCUUUAAGAAUAAGCAGCUUGAUCUUGGGGACAAGAUGGACCUGGCGUCCUACCUGCUGAAGCCCAUCCAGAGAAUGAGUAAAUACGCCCUGCUGCUGAAGGACCUCAUUAAGGAGUGUAGUCAGUCCCAAGCACAAGAGCUGAGCGACCUUCGCACGGCCGAGGAGAUGGUUAAAUUUCAGCUUCGCCAUGGCAACGAUCUGCUGGCUAUGGAUGCCAUUCGUGGAUGUGAUGUCAACCUAAAGGAACAGGGACAACUGCGCUGCCAGGAUGAGUUCAUCGUCUGGUGUGGACGCAGGAAGUACCUUCGCCACGUCUUCUUGUUUGAAGACCUCAUCCUCUUCAGCAAGACCAAAAAGAUAGAAGGAGGAUAUGACAUUUACAUAUACAAACAGUCCUAUAAAACAGCCGAGAUAGGUAUGACUGAAAAUGUUGGUGACAGUGGUCUCCGCUUUGAAAUAUGGUUCCGGCGAAGGAAGUCCCAGGACACGUUCAUCCUACAAGCAAGUUCAGUGGAGGUCAAGGCUGUAUGGACGUCCAUCCUGGGGAAGAUCCUGUGGAGGCAGGCGCUACGAAAUAGGGAGUUACGCAUGCAGGAAAUGGUGUCAAUGGGCAUUGGAAGCAAGCCUUUCAUGGACAUUAAACCUAGUGAUGCAGCCAUCAAUGACAGAGCCAUCGACUAUAUCAUGAAGGGGUCAGCCUCACUCUUCCACUUGGGUCCCUCUCAUUUACACACAGAAUGUAGGACGAGAGCCUCCAUAGCGGUCUCCUCAUACGAAUACUCUGCUUCCAUCAAGAGACCACACUCCACCAUCUCCAACAGCAGCACUUCCUCCUCUGGCAGCCAAUCGUCUUCCUCCCUGCUGGGGCCCCUCAACCUCCACCUGUACUCUUCGCCUUCCCACCCACACACCCAUGCUUACCCGCUGGCUACCGUUCCCUCCUUUACCCAGUGGCCUUACGACUGCAUCGAGGAAGACGAGCUGGAGCACGACUCUGGGAGCCAGCCUUCCAUGCUCACAGAGAGUUCCGAGACAUCGUCCCAGUGCACUUCCAAUGAUAGCGUUACCGGCCUGAGCACCCUCACCUUACCCGGACCCUCCGACAGCCUCCUAGACUCAUACAACAACAACGAGGAAUCCUCCUCCUUCCUUUGCUCUUCCUUGCCUCCUUCUUCCAUGGAGUCUUCCUCCAUCUUUCCAAAAAGCGAAGACCUCCAAGCACAGAGCAACAAAUUCAUCACAGCAAGGCAGACUUGUCAUAUAGCAGUAGGCCUGUCUACAAUGGUGUGACUAAAGCUUAGCUCAGUAAGUAUUCAGCGUCAGCAUUGCGGCUGUGUUCACAGCCACUGUGAAAACGACGCGUGGCCUUGUUACUAAUACAGUAUGUGUGAAAAUGAUGCAUGAUCGUGUGGGUUUGAAGGCUUUGCUCUGAUCGGGUGUGUUACUUGCCUGUUAUAUCUUCCUCCAAUGUGUCAUUUUGGAAUGAUUCUGUGUGUGAACACAUGCAUGCUCUUGAAUGCGCUCAAAGUUAUCCUAUUUCGACAUACAGUGCAUAUUAAAAAAUCUACACAAAUGUCAGAUUUUCAUCACUAAAUCCAACAAUAAUCAAAGGUGUGUAGACUUUUUAUUUACACUGUAGUCUUUUAGUAGAUGUUGAUUGGUAUGCAAAUAAUUUGAAUAUACUGGAUGUGAUUUGGGCACCCAUUAAAACAAUCUGAUGCUUGGUAAAUCGUUGUCUUCAAUUUAAAAGUCACAGCAAGUCAUGCAUACUUUGACCCUUGCAUGCUUCAUCCAGUUGAAUACUUAGGUGUAUAUAAUUACUUUUCGUUGUUCUUCUUUUUCUUUACAGCUGUGAAGUCCCAACACAGAGCAAAACUCCAACGAAGACAUAAUUU